GAGAGAGAGAGAGAGAGAGAGAGAGAGAGAGAGCGAGAGAGAGAGAGAUGCACACAGAGAGGAAGACGUAGAAAGAGACGAUAGACAGUGAAACGGUACAGAGCGGGGGACAGAUAGACAGAGAGAGAGAGCGAGAGAGAGAUAAGGGCAGCGAUGGAGGAAGCCGCGGUGCAGGGGGAGAAGAUAGAGCCCGUGCCGGAGGUAAAGAGCGACGGGGGGAAGGGGGGCUGGAUGAACGAGCGCUCGCUCUCCUCCAUUCUAAAACACUCCUGCCUCCUGUGCUGGUCCUCGUCUCCCAGGGAUACGGGCGUCGUGGAAACGGAUGAAAGGAUCCUUGCCAAGACAGCAGAGAUCAGAGUAAGACGCCCGCAGCACCUGGCCCUGGAGCUAGAGAAUGCAGUGGCGCUGGAGAGCCUGGAGCUGCAGGAGCAGCAGCAGGACGUCCGGGACCUGGAGGAGACCCUGCUGAAGCUGGACCAGCACAAGGAGAAGCUGCAGCUGCAGAUCAAGAGCACCAGGCAGCUAUGUGUGGAGGAGAGUCAGAAGAUCCUGUCCCUGCAGGCUGAGGAGAGUAAGAAGGAGGGCCAGGUGGAGGAGUACGAACGCGAGCUGGCGCGCGCCCGCUGGAGGCUGAAGAAGCUGCGGGAGGAGGUGAAGAACGCCAAGCGGCGGGCAGAGGAGGCGGGCCAGAGGAACAACCCGCUGCAGGACUCCAUCCGCCAGUCCUACGAGGAGAUCCUGCAGGAGGAGAGCGCUCUGUGCUCUCUGUCAGGAGGAGCUGCCACUCCAGACAGCCAGCUGGACGAGUCCACAUCGCCCGCCGACACCACCGAAGACGACCCCCUCCCGCUGAGGCCCUGGGGCCGCAGCCAAUCACUGCCGGCGUACGCUGACUUCAUCAUGAGGACCAGCAGUUCUUCCUUCAAUAACAACCUGACAGGGACCAGAGAGGAAGUGGCUGAGAGUUCUCUGGAGGCCCCAAAGACGGAGGGAGCUGAGGCCGGGCCUGAACCGACCCAGAGGAGCACGGACGCGGAGAGGAAGACUGACAACCAGAAGGAAGCGCUGACAGCCAGCGCCGACCCCGUGGACCAACUGGACUUCUACAAACCCGACCCCUUCGUUCACGGUCAGGCCGAAGAUGAUCUUUUCAAUGAAGAUUUGUUCCCAAAGACGGAUUCCUCAGACGUCUUCGCCUCAGACCCCUUCAAAGGCACCGACCCGUUCGCGGCAGACAUCUUGUUCCCGCCGGGAUCAGACGAGGCGGCGGCGGCGGCGGUUGCCAACGACGACGCCGACACCAGCCUGUCGUGCGUCGAGCACAAAGCGUCCACGGGGACCCAGUGCUUCGAGUCCGAGUUCCCGGACGAGGACAGCGACAUCGAGAUCAGCUACAGCCGCGAGGACCUGGACGCCGUCGCCAUGGCGGCGGACGCCACGGACCGGGCGGCGCCGGCCGAGCCACGGGGGUUCAAGCCCAUCCAGUCCUCCUCCGAGGACCUGGGGCUGGACGCGGCGUCCCGGGGCUGGCGGUCCCAGGGACAGUACUCGGUGGAGUCGGACCCCAACGGCUACGAGCUGGACCUGGCCGCCGUCUCCCCCCCCUCGGACAUCGAGGAGCUCAGCCUGGCCUCCCUGACCGGGGACGCGGCCGGCGGGAAGAACAGCACCGCGGCGGUCAAAGGUCUGAGUUCCGAUUCGGCUCAAUAUUCCCCUGAGCUGGCGCCCUCUGGUGCCGUACCUGACGCAAUCAAGACCGCAUCCGACAUGACUCAGCUUGUCAUCACAGAGCAGCCCCUUUCCUGUGAGGUCACUUCCUGCCUAGAAGCACAGCCCCUUGAGUCAGAAACGGACAACAGCUUCGAGGUAGAACCCCAACUAACGCUGGUUCACCACGACUCAGUCGAUGCUCCAAAUCCCUCGACGCAGAUCACUUCAGAGAUGAAUGAAUGCAGUUUCGAGAUGAGCUACCCAUCCACCCACUCCUCCUUUGACCCGUACGGGUUCAAACUGAGUCCGGAACAUUCCACUCACAGCCUUCUGGAUCCUGACGAUGAGGAAGAUCUCAGCCCAGAAUCGAAUGAUCCUGAUUUGGCCUUUGACCCAGAACCCACCUCUUCUCAGCUCAACUUUGAUCGCUAUGGGUUUGACCUCAGCGCCUCCCGGGUAGCCAGUGAGGAUGUGGUUGACCCCUAUGGCUUUAAGCUGAGCCAGGAGGAGGAGAACCAGGAAGUACUUGAGGUGUGUAGCCAUGACGACCAGGAGGAGGUGGAACUUUGUAGCUUUACCAACGAGGAGCUAGUAGAACCUUAUAGUAACCAGGAAGUUGUGGAUCCAUUCGCCCAGGACAACCAGGAAGUGCUUGAACCAUGUAACCAAAACAAUCAGGAAAUGCUGGAUUUCUGUAGCAAUGGAAAUCAGGAGAUUUUGGAACCAAGUAUGUCCGAUACCAAGAAUGUUCUGGACUUGUUCAGCAUUGAGAACCAGGAGUUGGUUGACCUGUCUAGUCCUCUUAACCAGGAAGUGCUGGAACCCUUCUGCGAUGACAACCAGGAACCGAUGGUAUCUCAUGACAAAGAUGAACAAGAACUACCACAGCAAUGUAACCAGGAAGUAGUAGAAACAAGUAUCAACAACAAGGAACCACGGGCUCCUUCCUAUUAUGAAAACCAGGAGGUUCUGGACUUCUGUGGCCAAGACAACCAGGAACUCCAAGGAUUCAGUAGAAACCAGGAACUGCAAGAUUACAGAAGCCAUGAUAACCAGGAGGUGCUGGACUUUCUAAGUAAUCAGGCUUUACCGGAGGCUAACAAUAACCACCACUGUGAGCAAGACUCAGAGAUGUACUUCAAUCCAGACACAGACACACAGUCCAACAUCUCCAACAGCGCUAACCCUGCAAACAGCUCCUCCGGUUUUCCGGCAUCAGAGGUCUCCAAUGGCCCCGAGGCCAUGCACCUGGAGGGUCUGGAGCUCGGUAACACGACUGGCAGUAUCAACAACUGCAACACUUACAAAGAUGAGCUCCUCAGCAUGUCAGUAGACCAAGAGCAAGCCACGAGUAACAUGUCCACCAACAGCGACCCUGCCACAUUUAAUGUUUCUUCGGGCCAAAAUUUGUUACAAGGCGACUUAGGGUCCGUGUUUAGUGCCGGAGGCUACAUCGGCUGUGAUGACGUAGCUGAUGACCUGGAGCCCCUUCCCCACAGACAGGGAAACCCUGUAGCAGAGCCAGUGGAACCAAUAGAACCAGUGCGGCCAGUGCAACCAGUGCGACCAGUGCGACCAAUGAGGCCUCCUCGUCCUUCGCUCUUGGCCAAGGAAAAGGCUCAGUCGCAGACUCAGGGCGUAGACCUAAAGUGACCUGACCACUGGCCUACGAGUGUCAACCACCUGACCAACACAGCUGCCGUUUAUCAUAGCGUAAGUCACCACGGGUGGCAGGGGGAAGACAAGAAUCGAGGGAAACCUGCGGAGGGUACAAUUGAGAAAGGUCUUGUAAAAUAAAAUUGGGGGGAACAAAAAGAUAUUUAAACAGAAGGCUAUUGAUAUUUUUGCGAUUUAUGGUGUAACGGUUAAAUUACCAAAAAAAGAUAGCAGAAGAGACAAAAGAUUUUACACAGCUAUUAUUUCAUAGGACAGCACUAAUCACAAUGAACAUGUAUUUAUUUAUUAACUUUUUUUUCUGUAUUUAAUUAUUUAUUUAUUGAUCUACUCCUUUUUUGAAAAACAGCAACUCUGCUGAACAUUCCCAGAAUUGAGAUAAGGAAACAAAGAAGGAAAGACAUCUUUAGCAUACUGGUUAGGCCUACUGUAUAUGUCCCACGAGAAGAAAGGCUAAAUAAGUCCUAAAAAGUAUAAUUUUUUAUUUAUGUUAUUUAUGUACCUUGCUGCUAACACACUGUAAUGAGACUGAAGUUAUUUUUUGAAAAAAAAGCUUAUCAAUUUCCAAUGGGGAUUUUUUUAGGUGCUGGUGCCAUGUAAGUAAACUGUGUCAAAGGUAACAUGUAUAUAAAUAUAAUAUAAUCUACUCUAAAGAAGUAGUCUAUUGUGGUUAUGAUAAUUAUAUAGUUAACAAUAAGUAGUUAUAGCGUGUUAGGUCAGUGCCAUAGAGAGAGUUUGUUAUCAGGAUGUACAGCAAGCAUCAUGUUUCUGGAUUUGUGAGAUGUAAAGUAACGAUAACUGGCAUGCACGGUUUCCUCCCUGGAAAGGCCCCGCAUUCUAAACAUCAUGUUGCCGUGUGAAUCGCCUGUCGGCCUGAGAAAGGUUGAGGGAAUGUUACUAAGCUAAUAUGGCUGCCACGGAACACUUGGAAUGCCCAAACUCUGCCUAUUGAAGGCUCUGGGUUUGAUGACAAAUGUAGCUAGUUCUAUUCUGUUGACAUGUCAACAAACUGUAUAUCUAACUGCAUGAACACCUUUAAUUUCCUUUUUAAAGGGCCCCAGAAAAGAAAAACUAAAGUUUUGACGCAAGUAACAAAAUUUGCCCUCUCCGCAACUUUCAACAAAUGUGUGGUGUAGUAAUGACAAGAUGCAAUCAUUUCUGUAUUGUUGUAUGCUAAUUUGUCUGAUCUUGUGGCCUACCCAAUAAUGCCAUUUUAUCAAGGACAUGUCUUUUAAAUUGUGUCAUACACAAAACAAUUACUGCCUGGUUAAAGACGAAAAUGCACACAAAAAACCCUUCUAACUUUUUAUUUGUCCCUAAUUCCCAGUAAAAAAGGGAAGAGGACCUUCUAAAGACAACAUGUCACCAGUCUUUUAUGCUGUUUACAAAUAUAUUAAAAUACACACUACCGUUACAAUGUCUGAACUACCAUACCUUACCAACCUUAACUUUACCCAGCAUCAUACAACAGCAGUUAUUGAAGACAGAAUUCAGUGGAUGAGUUUCAGUUCAUGCCUACCUCACACACCCUCUCUGGUCUCGAACAUAACAACACUGUGAAAAUUGCAAGUUAAACAUAUUCAAAAUGCAAAUCAAAAAAAUAAAUGCAAGUUAAUGUAAACACUGUACCCUUAACAACAUAUGCUGGUUGUCUAAACAGGGAAAUGCGAUACAAUUGUGAUAUCAUUAUUUAAGAAAUUAAAAUGUUUUUUUGCACGCAUUUUAAUUGUUUCGGUUUUAUAAUUUUUUUAAACCUAAAAAACCAAGGUAUAGUAAGACAAGGUUACUCAAGAUUCAUACAUUCCAGUAGGCCUAUGUAGUGAUGAAAGGGUAGUUUUGAGCUCUUACUGGAAAAUAUGGUUUUGUUAUUUCAUUAUCUCAUUCAAAUUAGUUAUGAAUGAGUGUCCUCACAUUUAUUCCGUAGACAAGACUACUAAUGUAAUUUCAUUUUGAUCAAUCCAUUUCCAUUCGUUUUUCUAAAUUUUAAAUGGGCGUGGUGGGGCCAUCAUCGAAGCCCAAUCAUAAAUAAGAAAGUAUUUCAUACACAUCACAAGUAAAACUUCAAUUAAAAAAUAUAUAUUUGGGUUGAACUUGCUAAUUGGGAAGUAGAUUGACAUAAAAGGGGUCCGAUAGCUAAUUGGAGGUUUUUGACCAGACCUGUAUAACUAUGACUAUCUCCUAUAAUUCUAUCCACCAUAACGCUUUUCAAAACAAAAAAACUGAUUUUAACCUCCAUCUCACGUGCAUAUAUUUUUCAUAUCAUAUGUAGUACAUCCAAUACAAACACAUAACAUAUUUGUAUCAGUGUGUCCAUUAAUCUAAUGGAAAACAUUGCUUAGUGGUAAUAUUUCCAUGCAUUACAACAUAAAGUCACAUACCCGGUGUGGUUGAAGUCCUUCUAUAUUAUUUGUUUCCAGUGAUAGAUGGCUAAUUGAUGCUAGUAGGCAAAGGUCAUUAAGGGUCAUUCAGUCAUGUCAUUUCAAUUUAUGACUGCAAAGUGGAUCAGUUAAACGACAGUGCUGGUUAUAGUUUACCAGUAGCCUACUAGUUACCGACAAUACACACAUUCACAGAAAAAGGCGUGAAUGGCGUCAUUUCACUUCUUAGAUCUGAUAAACAUGUGAUAUUCUUUCCUGUCUAUUCUUUAUUUAUCUGUUUCGUCAUGUUGAAUUGGUUAUCAGGUCAUGUGAACUCUACUCUCUCUACAUUGAAAGUAGCUUAACAUAAAAGAAAAGUGAAAAGUGGCAAUGUCGGCAAAACAUAUAAAAAUGUGAAGCGUAAGCCGAUAUUAAAAGAAAAACCAGCCUUGAAUUUUCCAUAGCAUAAUUGUGUUUCCUUUGUUUGAAAACCGAGGCAAGCAUGUGAUGGUUCAGUCGCCGAUGUAACACAAGCUAACAGACAACAGCAUCCUGUAACACAAGCUAACAGACAACAGCAUCCAGUAACACAAGCUAACAGACAACAGCAUCCAGACAGCAUUUCCUUUGGGUAAAGAUAUUGUGAUCCUACUGAUUGGGAAAUGUCCAAAGUUUAACAAUGUCAACUCACAACAUUUUUACUAUUCUUCCAUUUGUUAAUUUGGGCAAUGUGUGUGUGCGCGAGUGUGAGUGUGUGCCCAUGCAUGCAUGUGUGUGUGUGUGUGUGUGUGUGUGUGUGUGUGUGUGUGUGUGUGUGUGUGUGUGUGUGUGUGUGUGUGUGUGUGUGUGUGUGUGUGUGUGUGUCUUCUAUGAUUCAGGUGUAUGCACUUUAAAAGCCAUGGCCGGGUAAAGUAAUAACAACAAUAACAGUUUUUUUUUGGCGUGUGUUGCCACGGUAACUACAUGGAUUGGUGUAACAAUACUAACUUUGUGUGUGAUGCUGUAUGUGUAGUUGUCCAAAUGUGUUGUUCUGUGUUGGAACAAUAAAAAAAUAAAACAGACA